GCCUUCACUCUGCGAACAGUGGGCUUCAACCACCUCACCCUAGGCCACAACCAGAGGAUGGAGUUCCUGGGAGAUUCUAUCAUGCAGCUGGUGGCAACAGAAUAUCUGUUCAUCCACUUCCCAGACCAUCAUGAAGGACAUUUGACACUACUGCGCAGCUCCUUGGUGAAUAACCGGACUCAAGCAAAGGUUGCAGAGGAAUUGGGCAUGCAGGAAUAUGCUAUCACCAACGACAAGACCAAACGGCCUGUUGCCUUGCGUACCAAGACUUUAGCCGAUCUGCUGGAGUCAUUCAUUGCAGCUCUUUACAUAGAUAAAGACCUGGAGUUUGUGCACACAUUUAUGAAUGUUUGCUUUUUCCCACGACUCAAGGAGUUUAUCUUAAACCAGGACUGGAAUGAUCCAAAAUCACAGCUGCAGCAAUGUUGUCUAACCCUGCGGACGGAGGGCAAAGAGCCAGACAUUCCUCUAUACAA